UCCUUUCGUUAUUUUAUCAUUUCGUUAUUUUAUCAUUUCGUUAUUUUAUCAUUUCGCCAUUUUGCCUUUUUUUUUUUUUGCUUAUUUUUCAAACUUCCUUUUCGUUGCAAAUUCCCUGCGAUAUUGUUUGCAUAUAAAAUAAAAUAUUUUUUUUUUUUUUUUUUUUACAUUCAAGGUUUUUCCCCCACGUAUAUAUUAUAUAUUUAACCCCCCUUUUACGUGGAUUACCUUUUCUUCCUUUUUUUCUUCCUUUUUUUCUUCCUUUUUUUCUUCCUUUUUUUCUUCCUUUUUUUUUCCCUUUUUUUUCCCCUUUCCGCCGAACGUUCAAAAUGGCCAGGACCAAGCAAACCGCGAGAAAAUCCACCGGAGGAAAGGCCCCCAGAAAGCAACUGGCAUCCAAGGCAGCGAGAAAGUCCGCGCCAGUCUCGACGGGAAUUAAGAAACCCCACAGAUAUCGCCCAGGAACGGUCGCCCUGAGAGAAAUUAGAAAGUUCCAAAAGUCCACCGACCUCCUCAUAAGAAAAUUGCCCUUCCAAAGACUAGUAAGAGAAAUUGCCCAGGAGUACAAAACGGACCUCAGAUUUCAAUCCCAAGCUGUACUGGCACUGCAGGAGGCGGCCGAGGCCUACUUGGUUGGACUCUUCGAAGACACCAACUUGUGUGCCAUUCACGCCAAGAGAGUCACCAUCAUGCCAAAGGAUAUACAGCUGGCCAGACGUAUUCGUGGAGAAAGAUCAUAAGCGUGAGGCGUAGCUGAGCGGGGGGAAAAAACAAACCCUCCAACGAUGUGCAAGAUAAAACAAAAAUAAAA